AUGUCGCUCUUCGAAAAUCCUGAUAGCGUACGCAUGUUGCGCGAUUUACUCACACCCCCCGAAGAGCGAGACAAUUCUGACACCGACAACGAUGACGAGCCAAUCGCCAGACGCAACAAUUUCACGCCCGCAAAUAUUGGCAGCAAAUGCAGUGGAGAAGACAAACAAAACCAAGCGCGAACGGAAGCACUAGAGCGACCAGUGCCAACCAGCAUCGAGGAGUGGCAAGAGCAGCAGGAGCGGGAGGAUGCUGAGAUUUUGGAGACACGCAAGCGACCGGAGUACAGCAUGACCUAUCGGCAAGCGGUGGGAACCGAGGACCUUUACCUGCGGAUGGGCAAUCGCACUAAUGCCACGGCCAGUUGUGAGGAUUUGCUGCUGGAUAUACUGCUGCCCGACGAGACGACACCGGCGGAUAAAAUGGAUUUGUCAAUUACCGAAGAUGAAGUGGAUUUGGCGACGCCAAUUUAUCGCCUCAAAUUGCCACUGCCGCACAAGGUGAACGUGGAUCGUUGCAGGGCCAAGUAUGUUGCUGAGCUGCGCAAACUCUGCCUGACAUUGCGACUGCAACGUGAAUUCGAUUAUGUGAACUUUUAGAAGGGACGCCAAAGCUAAGCUGCUGUGCCCGCAAGUUGCUUCGACCAACUGCAUAUCUACUGCGACUACAAGCAGC